AUGUCUAACAAAAAUUUUCAUGAUUUAUCCAAACGAAGAAAAAGGGACUAUCUUAAUAGUAUUCGGACUAUAAAUAAUGCUCCCCACCCAAAUAAUAAUCAAAAUGAAGUUGAAAAUCUUCCAUUGAACCAAAGGGACGAUGAAAUCAUUCAUGAAAAUGAAAAUAAUUUGAAUGAUAAUGAAAUCAAUGUAGAGAGAGUCGCACAGUUUCAAAACGCAGAAGAUACAAGACAAAUAAAUAUUCUAACACAUAAUAAUAUCGAGAAUCAAACUCAAAAUCAACUGACUCACCGAAGAGUUAAUAAUAUCGGAGCAGAAAAUGAUUCUGCAAGUAUCAAUGAAGAAUUUAAUGGUGUAGAUAAUGAACAUCUAAAUCCAGAGAAUGUACGUGAACAAAGAGAAGAAGUUAUGAUUGAAAAUAGCAAUGUCCAUACGACUGAACGUGAUAUAAGAGUUGAAAAUUUAGACAAAAAUGGAGUAGAAGAGGAAGAAGAAGAAGAAGAGGAACAAAUUUUUGAUGAAGACGAAGAUGAAGACGACAAUUUAAGAAACAAUAAUGUCAAUUAUGAUUUACCUCUUUAUAAGGAAGCACCACUAACCAUUUCUCAGAGUAUGUUAUUGAUUGCAACUCUGCUGAUCACCCACAAUGUUACUCAGUCAUGCAUUAUUGACAUCAUAGCUAUCAUAAAUUUACAUUGCUUAAAUGAUAGUUUUCACAAGAAUAGCCUGUUUAGAUUUAAAAAAUUUUUUGGUUUAGGUAAUCACAAUUUUACUAACCAUAAAAAACAUUAUUACUGCUCCAACUGCCUGAAAGGUUUAAGUUCUUCUAAUGAAGUCUGUCCAGACUGUUUAAACAGUAAAACAGCACACUUCAUUACUUUAUCAAUUUCCGAACAAUUACAACAAUUAUAUAAUCGACCUGGAUUUCAUCAACAGUUACAGCACCGUUUCCGACAGCCAAAUUCCGAAUGCCAAAUAUUGCAUAAUAUAAAUGAUGUCUAUGACGGUUACUUGUACAAGAAUCUUGCAAGAGAUGGUUAUUUGUCAAAUCGAAAUAAUAUAUCUUUUAUCUGGUAUACGGAUGGUGUUCCGGUUUUUAAAUCAUCACGCAUCAGUAUUUGGCCUCUAUACUUAACAAUUAAUGAAUUACCUAUCAAGGAGUGGAGUAAACGACAUAACUUGAUAUUAGCC